AUGGCGCCUGAGCCACCGUCAGCACCGCCCACCGCGCGCGUGCAGGACAUCAUCUCGACCUUCCGCCCCACGAAGCUGUUCAAGAAUCCGCCGGGCGUGCAGUACACGUCCAUCGACUUCGACGACAGCGGCGAGUUCCUGCUCCUCUCCCGCACCGACGACACCAUCCAGCUCUUCAACACCAAGGCCGGCGCAUAUGCCAAAGAGCUGAAAUCGCAGAAAUACGGCAGCGCCCUCGCCCGCUUCACCCACCACAGUACCUCCAUCAUCUACGCCUCCACGAAGCUCGACGAUGGCAUUCGAUACCUGUCCAUGCAUGACAACAGCUUCCUGCGAUAUUUCAGAGGCCACACCGACAGAGUCACGAGCUUGGCGCUCAGUCCCAGCACGGAUAUGUUUCUGAGCUCCAGCAUGGACAACACACUCAAGCUCUGGGACUGCCGAUCCGCAAACGCACAAGGCUCGCUCAACUUCCAUUCGCCAUGGUUCACUGCGUAUGACGCGAGCGCCAGCGUAAUUGCAAUUGCCAGUCCUCCCGCGCAGAUGGUCUGCCUGUACGAUCUACGACAUUACGACAAGCCGCCGUUUGCGAACUUCGAUUGUGCGCUCUUCGAGGACCGCUUCAAGUCUCGGGGCCAGAGACCUGGUGAAGGGUGGACGGGGAUGGAGUUUAGCAAUAAUGGCAAGUACUUGCUCAUCACGACCAAUGGCCCUGGACACUUCCUGCUCGAUGCCUUUACUGGCGACUUCACGCACUACCUCUCCCGACCCAGCGGCGCCGAUCGAUCCCAUUACGCGCCUGGCGAUGAGCUCCCGCGCAGCUCGGACAACACAACGCCUUCAUACUUCCAAAGCUCGGCCAGUUUCUCGCCUGACGGGAGAUACGUUAUUGGAGGAAACGGGACGCUGAAUGGGCUUCUAGUGUGGGAUUGUGAAGCAACUCCAACCACCGAUAAAGUGCUGGAACCUACGACCGAUCUACCUAGUCAGAGGCCAGCCAAGGUGGUGGCGUACAACCCCCGACACAAUCUGAUUGCGAGCGCGGACAAGGACAUGAUGAUGUGGCUUCCAGACCUGGACAUGGCGUAG